AUGCCCAGGUCCUUCCUGGUUAAGAAGGUCAAACUUGACACAUUCUCUUCGGCAGACCUCGACAGCUCCUACGGGCGCGCCCGCAGCGAUCUCGGAGUGCGACUGCAGGAUAAAGGCUCGCUGAAGGGGGGCAGCCGCGCCCGAAGAUGCCUCUCUCUCUCCUCCCCGCGCGGGGGCGGGGCGCUUGGGCGGCGGGGGAGGAGCCCUGCCUGGCCCUGUCUCAUCCUCUGCUGUCUCUCUUCUCUCCUCUCUUCCCCUCCCCACGGUCUCCAUCCUCUCUGCCCUGUGGUCCCCGGCCCCUUCUCCUUUGUCCUAAUUCUUGUUCGUCUUCCUUCCGGACCCAAUGUCUCCCGCUGUGUCUUCUCGGUCUCCCGCCGCUCGCUUUGCGUGUGUCUUGCCCGCUGCUCCGUUCCCCUCCCGUUGUCUGUCUGUCCGCCUCCGCCCGCAGGAUACCUCAGUGACUACGUGGGGCCUGCGUCUGUCUACGAUGGCGACGCUGAGGCGGCGUUACUCAAAGGGCCAUCCCCGGAGCCUAUGUAUGCUGCGGCUGUGCGCGGAGAGCUGGGUCCCGCGGCCUCUGGCUCAGCACCGCCGCCCACCCCUCGCCCAGAGCUGGCUACUGCUGCUGGCGGCUACAUCAACGGCGACGCGGCGGUCAGCGAAGGCUACGCGGCUGACGCCUUCUUCAUCACUGAUGGGCGCUCACGCCGUAAGGCUGCUAAUGCCAACGCUGCCGCGGCCCCCUCCACAGCCUCGGUGGCGGCCCCCGACAGCGACAGUGGAGGUGGGGGCGGGCCGGGCACGCGAGGCUCUGGAUCAGGGUCCGCUAGUCGGGGUGGCACGCGCGUGGGGGCGGGCACCGAGGCGCGUGCAGGGCCAGGAGCCACGGGCGCUGGUGGCCGGCAUGCGUGCGGCGAGUGCGGCAAAACUUACGCCACGUCGUCGAACCUGAGCCGCCACAAGCAAACGCACCGCAGCUUGGACAGCCAGCUGGCAAGGCGUUGCCCAACGUGUGGCAAGGUGUACGUGUCCAUGCCGGCCAUGGCUAUGCACCUGCUCACGCAUGAUCUGCGCCACAAGUGCGGCGUGUGCGGCAAAGCCUUCUCGCGGCCCUGGCUGCUGCAGGGCCACAUGCGCUCUCACACGGGCGAGAAACCCUUCGGCUGUGCGCACUGCGGCAAGGCCUUCGCAGACCGCUCCAACCUGCGCGCACACAUGCAGACGCACUCCGCCUUCAAGCACUUCCAGUGCAAGCGCUGCAAGAAGAGCUUCGCGCUCAAGUCUUAUCUCAACAAGCACUACGAGUCAGCCUGCUUCAAGGGCGGCGCUGGUGGCCCCGCAACCCCUGCGCCGCCGCAGCUCAGCCCGGUUCAAGCCUAGGGCAGCGGGGCCUCCGCCAGCCAGGUCGGCUCUCAGCAAUACGGGCCCCCCAGGGAAGUCUCCGCUGGCGUCAGGGCGGAGGGGCUGGAGGGCGGGCCCC